AUGAGUGAGCGCGCAAUGCAGGUUGUGCCGAGCGAGGCAGACCCGCAGCCGAUUGACAGUUCGCAGUGGCCGCUGCUGCUGCGGAACUACGGCGCGCUGAACGUGCGCACCGGCCACUACACGCCGCUGCCCUGCGGCUGCUCGCCGCUGAGCCGGCAGCUGCGCGAGUACCUAGCUAGCGGCGUGAUCAACUUGGACAAGCCCGCGAACCCGAGCUCGCACGAAGUGGUCUCGUGGGUGAAGCGGAUUCUCGGCGUCGAGAAGACCGGGCACGCCGGCACGCUCGACCCGAAGGUCACCGGCUGUCUGCUAGUCUGCCUCGAGAAAGCGACGCGGCUCGUGAAGUCGCAGCAGGGCGUCGGCAAAGAGUACGUCGGCGUCAUCAAGUUCCACGCGCCGCCCGCCUCGCGCGAAGCCGUGCGCGCCGCGUUCGCGCAGCUCACCGGCGCGCUCUUCCAGCGGCCGCCGAUCCUGAGCGCUGUCAAGCGGCAGCUGCGCAUCCGUCACGUCUACGAGUCGAAAGUGCUUGACUUCGAUGACGAGAACCAGCUCGCCGCCUUCUGGGUCAGUUGCGAAGCGGGCACCUACAUCCGCACGCUCUGCGUGCACAUCGGGCUGCUGCUCGGCUGCGGCGCGCACAUGCACGAGCUGCGGCGUGUGCGCUCGGGCAAGUUUACCGAGUACGACAACUGCGUGACAAUGCACGACGUGCUCGACGCAAUGUACUUGUACAAGACGCUAAAGGACGAGCGCUACUUGCGCAAGGUCGUGAUGCCCUGCGAGGUGCUGCUCGUCGGGCUGCCGCGCAUCGUCGUGAAGGACAGCGCGGUCAAUGCUAUCACCUACGGCGCAAAGCUCAUGAUCCCCGGCGUGCUGCGCUUCGAAAACGGCAUCGAGGUGAACGCAGACGUAGUACUGAUGACCACCAAGGGCGAGGCGAUUGCGCUUGGCGUCGCGCAGAUGACUACCGCGACGAUCGCGAGCGUAGAUCACGGCGUCGUCGCCUCGAUCAAGCGCAACUUGAUGGACCGCGACGUUUACACGAACCGCUGGGGUUUUGGGCAACGCAGCGCGCUCAAGAAAGACCUCAUCCAGAAGGGUCUGCUCGACAGCAAGGGCCGCGUCACCGACAAGACGCCGCUCUCGUGGAUUAACUACGAGGGCGAGCUGCCGCAGCUCGCAAACUCGCCC